AUGUCCCCCUCUCUCAGCCGCCAGGUUGACAGCGAUGCAGAGAUCUUAGAGCUCGUCGUACCUGACAGCACUCGGAACCAUGUUUUCGAGGACUCAUCAGUCCAUCAACUGGAGGACGAUCCACCGCAAGAUGCUGUCUCGGCCGAGGACGUGCCUCCAAACGGCGGCUACGGCUGGGUAUGCACAGCUUGUGUCUUCUUGAUCAACGCCCAUACAUGGGGACUCAACAGUGCAUGGGGUAUUUUCCUCGCCCACUACCUCAGCGACCCUGCAUUUCAACACGCGUCACACCUCGAGUACGCCCUGAUUGGCGGUCUCUCGAUCUCCCAAUCUCUGCUGAGUGCUCCUGUCGUGAACAUCUCCACUAGACAAGUGGGCAUGAGGGCCACCCUUCUCAUCGGUACCGUCUUGCUCUUCGUGGCCCUUUUCGGCGCCUCGUAUGCGACCGAGAUCUGGCAUCUCUUCUUGACGCAGGGGGUUUGUUUUGGCUGGGCCAUGGGCUUUCUCUACAUCCCGGCGACUGCGGUUCUUCCCCAAUGGUUCUCCACCCGCCGGAGCCUGGCCAUGGGAAUUGCGUCUGCUGGGGCGGGCUUAGGAGGACUGGCAUACAACCUUGCGGCGGGUGCCAUCGUCCAGAGCUUGGGUAUGGACUGGGCUUACCGGAUAUUGGCAUUCUGCGGACUUGCCGUCAACGGAGUGUGUUCGCUGCUGCUCAAAGACCGUAACAAGGCUGUCCAACCUUUGCAGAAAGCUUUCAACUACCGCGAGUACGGCCACAUUGAGGUUAUUCUGGUGGUUAUUUGGGGAGUGCUCACUGAGUUGGGGUACAUUGUGUUACUCUACUCUUUACCCAACUAUGCGACUUCCAUCGGUCUCACGGCAGGACAAGGGUCUGUGGUUGGCGCAGUUCUCAAUCUUGGUCUUGGAGUUGGCAGACCUGUAAUUGGAUACUACUCGGAUGCCUUUGGCCGCCUCAACAUGGCGACAAUCAUGACCGCCGUAUGCGGAGUUCUCUGCCUCGUUCUUUGGGUGCCGGCCAAAUCCUACGGCGUCCUCAUAGCCUUUGCCCUCACGGCUGGAAGCGUCUGCGGCAUCUUCUGGAACACUGUCACGCCAGUGACUGCCGAGGUGGUAGGGCUCAAACGACUGCCUUCUUCCUUUGGCAUCAUCUGUCUCUCCUUGGUUGUGCCUACAACUUUCGCGGAGCCGAUUGCCCUGGAAAUGGUCAGUGCGUCUGGAUACCUUAGCUCGCAGAUUUUCGUGGGUUGCAUGUUCCUCCUCGCUGCGGCAAGUACGUGGGUGCUCCGAUCGUGGAAGAUCAACCAGGUGGAAUUGAAAGCCGCAAGAGAACAGCGAACCAGUGAUCCAGGUGCCGGACGAAAUUGGACGAACCAUGGCCAUUGGCUUACGCCGCAAAAACUGCUCUGGCUAGGCAGGGUAUGA